CCCACCGCCUGCACCGAAGCGGAUGAAAACAAACACUAACGAUGGCGGCGCCGGGGAGCGACGAGCUGCGGUCUUAAGGCCGGGACGAUCGCUUGGCGGGAGAGGGGAACCCUGAAGAAAACCAGUCGACCUGACUACGGCAACCCGCUCAUUCCCGAGAGCAAAAAAAGGCCUGCCUUACGAAGUGGGGACCCAACUUAAGGCGUUAGGAAUCUGCCUGCGACCUGUGCCGUCCGGAGCCGCGAACCUUCAGCCAGGAGGUGCGGCUGGCCGGCCCCGGGCCCCGGCCUCCGUAAUGAGAGCCUCGGGACACACUCUGGGCAGCCGCUUCGCAGGUGAGGGUGACUGUUGACUAGUGAAAAAAAGGGACUCAAGGUUCACGACUCUCUUCUUACUGGCAGUGGAACGACCUGUGGAAACCUGCGAUCCGUUCUCAUUAAAUAAAUCUCUGGAUUCCUAUAGGCAAUGGAAACUGAUCUCAAUUCCCAGGACAGGAAGGACCUGGACAAGUUUAUUAAAUUUUUUGCCCUCAAGACUGUCCAAGUGAUUGUCCAGGCUCGACUUGGUGAAAAGAUUUGCACUCGUUCGUCAUCUUCCCCAACGGGUUCAGAUUGGUUUAACUUAGCAAUCAAGGACAUCCCAGAGGUGACACAUGAAGCAAAGAAGGCAUUGGCAGGGCAGCUGCCUGCGGUUGGGCGCUCUAUGUGUGUGGAGAUCUCACUCAAGACUUCUGAGGGAGAUUCCAUGGAGCUGGAAAUUUGGUGUCUUGAAAUGAAUGAAAAGUGUGAUAAAGAAAUCAAAGUUUCCUACACGGUCUAUAACAGACUGUCAUUGCUGCUGAAGUCUCUUCUUGCUAUAACUAGGGUGACACCAGCCUACAGACUGUCCAGAAAACAAGGGCAUGAAUAUGUCAUAUUGUACAGGAUAUAUUUUGGGGAAGUUCAGCUGAAUGGCUUAGGAGAAGGCUUCCAGACAGUUCGUGUUGGGACAGUGGGCACCCCUGUUGGCACCAUCACUCUUUCUUGUGCUUACCGAAUUAACUUGGCAUUCAUGUCUACCAGGCAAUUUGAGAGGACCCCACCUAUCAUGGGGAUUAUCAUUGAUCACUUUGUGGACCGUCCCUAUCCUAGCUCCUCUCCCAUGCACCCCUGCAAUUACAGAACUGCAGGUGAGGAUGCUGGAGUAACAUAUCCAUCAGUGGAAGACUCUCAAGAAGUGUGUACCACCUCUUUUUCCACGUCCCCUCCCUCCCAGUGUGUGUUUACUGUCACAAAGGCACAUUUUCAGACCCCUACUCCUGUGGUGACGGACACUCUGAGGGUCCCCAUGGCAGGACUGGCCUUUGCCCAUCAUCUCUCAAGCUCUCGCCUUUCCUAUCAGCCUGCUGUCCUGGGCCUUGGAUCAGCUGACCUGGCUUAUCCGGUAGUGUUUGCUGCUGGCUUAAAUGCUCCACACCCUCACCAGCUCAUGGUUCCGGGGAAGGAAGGUGGGGUACCCCUUGCUCCCACCCAGCCCACUCAUGGCGCCCAGGCUGACCAGGAAAGAUUGGCAACUCACACACCUUCCGACGGCAUCCACUGUGCUGCUACCCCUUCCAGCAGUGAGGAUGCAGAAACUGUAUCCACCAGCAGUGAGGGACGGGCCUCCCCACACGAUGUCCUGGAGACCAUCUUUGUUCGAAAAGUGGGAGCCUUUGUCAACAAACCCAUCAACCAGGUGACUCUGACAAGUUUGGACAUACCUUUUGCCAUGUUUGCUCCCAAGAAUUUGGAGCUGGAGGAUGCUGAUCCCAUGGUGAAUCCUCCCGAGUCCCCAGAGACGGCGUCUCCUCUGCACGGCAGCCUGCACUCCAAUGGCUCCAGUGGGGGCAGCAGUGGCAAUGCGCAUGAUGACUUUGUGAUGAUCGACUUCAAACCUGCUUUUUCUAAAGAUGACAUUCUUCCAAUGGACUUGGGGACUUUCUAUCGUGAAUUUCAGAACCCCCCUCAGCUGAGCAGCCUUUCCAUAGAUAUUGGAGCUCAGUCCAUGGCUGAAGACUUGGAUUCACUACCAGAGAGGCUGGCUGUGCAUGAGAAGAACGUCCGCGAAUUUGAUGCCUUUGUAGAAACCCUGCAGUAAAAACGUCCUGUGCCAGCAGCAUUCCUGUGGUCCCAGGGGCUGAGAGCCUCUCCUCAGUUGCUCCCGUCCCUCCUGCUGCUCCCAGCCAGAUGGAAGGCAGGAGGGUUCCCUACGGGGGCCCACAAGUCUCUAUUCUUGGGCCUUCCUGAGACUCCAUGGUGGCAAUGAAGCCUAGUAACUGCCAGAGGAAGGGCUUGCCCUCAGGCCUUGCAUUUAGAAGACCUGGUUUAAUGAAAGAGGCUCAGCAGGGCCACCCAUCUUCUGCCUGUCAUCAUCAGCUGCUCCACAAAAGGAUGUCACCUAGAUCCUGUUGCUCCAGCCUCCCAUCUGGAUCUGCCCUGAAGCUGGCUGGUCCCCUGCCUGCUGCUCUUACCAUCAACCACUUGACAUUCCAGCUGGUGGCCCAGAAGGCCGGGACAAGGCAGAAAAAGGAAGGGGAGACCAUGCUGGAAGGAGGGAGGAAGGUCCUGUAGGCUCUAGGUGUCUCCUUUUAUUCUUGGGUUCUCUCUCUCUCUCUCUCUCUCUCUCUCUCUCUCUCUCUCUCUCUCUCUCUCUCUU